AUGGAACUUGAUACGCUUUAUUCUUGUGGUUCUAACGGUUAUAAUGAAGCCUUAUUUUCUGAUACUUUUAAUUUCUUUAAUGAGAACUUUGAUGAUAUUUCGCUAUAUCAUAAUUUUCUUACCAAUGAUGUGAACUUUUUACCAGACUUGAAUUUUUUACCAGACUCUGAGUCACUAUCUCUUAACAGUAAUAUACAACAUCUUGAACCACUUAAUGAUAUUUCUGAUUCUAAUAUCCCCACUUUUGAAUUACUCAAUGAUAUAUCAAAUCCUUUUAAUUAUCAAUAUAACCUCGCUGUUGGUGACAGUUUUGAUGAUUGGUUGUCAGUCGAGGCAUUUAUACAUCAAUACUGUUUCGAACGAGGCUUUGGUUAUCAAAUUUUUCAUAGUGAUAAGGACCUGAAAGAUCCCACUAUCAUCCGUCAUAAAUCGUUUCGAUGUUCAUCAAGUGGUAUUUAUAAAGCUCAAAAAGUGGUUGACCAUACAAUACACCGUCUAUGUGGUACACACAAUCAUAAAACAAAUCCCACUCAAAUACCAAAUGUUAUUGCUAGAUAUAGACGUUUUAGUAAAGAAAUGAUUCAGGACUUAAAUUUUUUUAUGGACUGCAAAGUGACCCCUAUUACGCAGUUAGAGAUACUUAAAAAAAAGUAUUCAGAGCAUGUAUUUCAUAAGCGGAAUGUUUACAAUGCAAUUUAUAAUCUGCUUAAAAGUAACAAAAAUGAGAAGUUUGAUACUACUUCGAUGCUUGACAUUCUUUUUGAAAAAGUAUCACAAGAUCCAUAUUGGAAAGUUUACAUUCGACAUGCUGGUAAUGAGCACCGUUUAUCCGGUAUUUUUUGGAUGUCUCCUGUUCAACAAGAACUAUAUCAACGAUUUUCAGAUGUAGUUUUAAAUGACAACACUUGUAAAACAAAUAAAUACAACAUAUAUUUAAGUAUUUUUAUGGUUAAAGACAACUAUGGGAGGUUUCAGAAUAUCGCAAAUGCACUAGUGGAAGAUGAAAUAUCUUCAACGUAUAUAUGGAUUCUUCAAUGUUUAUUAAAAGUAACGGGUAUUACCCCAAAAUCAUUUUGGAUAGAUUCUGAGCCUGGUUUGAUUAAUGCCAUUUUGCAAGUCUUUCCUACUAUACCACAUUUUUACUGCUUAUUUCACAUUUGGCAAAAUGUUAUAAAACAUCUUAAAGCCAAGUUGGGUUCAAAUUUCAACCAUUUCGCCAAGGUUUUCUAUGCCUGCAGAAAUGCGUUAUAUAUAGAAAUUUUUGAGAAACGCUGGAAGUUAAUGAUAGAAAAUUUUCUGGAGUGCGAAAAUUACAUGGUCAGAUUAUAUACCAAUCGAAUCAGUUGGGCUAAGGCUUAUUUACCAUUACAAUUUAAUGCCAGCAUACAAAGCACCCAAAGCGUAGAAUCAUUUAAUAAUAUUAUCAAAAAGUCUUUAAAUGGUGCCAGCACGCUUUGUGAUGUUGAAACAGCAAUUGAUAAGAGGCAAGAAGAAGAAAUACGAUAUUUAUUGAUAAGGUUUUUACAGAAUUCUUAUCACCACUUAUAUUAUCUUGGCAGCGGUUUCAGAUUUCACAAUCAUUCACAUACGAAGGGCAAUUGGUAUCAUAUUUAUCUGAGAUACAAGGACAAAAAUGCCGACACGAUAGAUAAUAAUUUUGUAAAAGAUGUAGAUGAAGAACCCCAAAUAACAUUAAAAGCUAUGUUAGAUGGCGUUUCUCGUAAAAGCAAUCUGCGUGUGAUGCUUUAUUCAAGUGCAGCGAAGUUUCAUAUUAGUAUUAUACCCGUUAGAUGGUAUAAAGACGAGAUUCUAAUGAAGUUUGAUAAUAUUCUUGAAAAUUCACCAGUCCUUACAGCAAUAUCUACUAAUAGUGCAACACCAUAUAAAGUGGAUUUUACUCUUGAAAGUUUAAAACAUAUACAAGGGUCUGACCAUAAAGAAAACAUACAACAAGUUAUUCCUCAAAGAAAUAGGUUCAGAGUAGCAUUCUCAACUGCGAAAAUGGCAAUUAAUAUCGCGUUGGAAACUAAGAGCGAUAAUGAGUUAGUUCAAAUGUUAAAAAGCUUUAUUUUAUCCAAAACAAAUAGUAAUGAAGAUAGUUUACAAGAGAAUAUAGCCGCAGGAAGUAACAAUAAUGAAAAUAAUCAAAGUGAUAGUGAAAUACUUCCCUUACAACAGCAUUUGAUAGCCCAAAUAACAAACCCUCAUGUUACGAAAAUUAGAGGAGCUCCUUGUAAAAGAAGGAUCAAAGGUGCUAUGGAAGAUAAAAAGGUGGGUGAAGUUGAUAGUGAAGAAGCAAAAGCACAAUGA